AUGACAAAAAGGAAAAAGAAUAUAAGAGUAGUAAAGGAAGGGUAUAAUAGAAAUCCCUGUGAAGCUCAUAUGAAGAGCAAACGUAAAUGUCCAUCAUCGUGUCCUGGUCGUGAUAAUAUUAUCGCUGACAACGAAGAACUGGACGAAAAUGCAAAAAUUCAUUUCUUAAAGGGCAAGAAUAUAGAUUUUAAUAAUAGAGAAACUAUUAUCAUUCCUACUGGAGAUAUUAUCGGCGGAUUUCCAACCUCCUCAUCAAAUAAAAAAAAUACUAUCAACGAUUUUGAAGACUUGAAAAAAAUAAACUCCAAGAACAAUCUGUCGAAUGAAAAUUUUCUAGAGGAUAGCUUUACUUAUCGAAUGAUGAAAGAACCUUCCAUUCCUUGGGUUGAAACACCAUGGCACGAAAUUAAAAAAUGUAUUUUUACAAAAAGGUUGGGCUGUGAGUGUGGAAGUACAUAUUAA